AGCAACCUGACCUAUGGCUGAGGCUCCGCUCUCGCCCGUUCAGAUUUCCAGAAUUCGCUCCCCGUCCAAGCACAACCCCGCUUUGAAAUAUCCUGAGCUCAUCGGACUACCUUCUCAGGUACCAGCCACCACCAACAGCAGCACACCAUGUCCAACGCCGAUUUCCAUCUCAUCUACUGGCCCGGCAUCCCCGGCAGGGGCGAGUUCGUGCGCAUCGCCCUCGAGGAGGCCGGCGUCGCCUACAAGGACACGGCGCACCAGGCCGACUGCAUGUCCGUCAUGCAGUCGGAGCUGGCGGGCGACGACGGGAACCCGCCCGCGUUCGCGGUGCCGGCCCUGCGCCACGGCGACUUGCUCAUCAGCCAGACGUCCAACAUCCUGCAGUACCUGGGCGAGGUGGUUGCCGGGCUCGCGCCCGCCGAGGUCCCGGGCCGAUACCACGUGCACGCGCUGGCGCUGACGGCGCUCGACGGCUUCAGCAACGAGGUGCACGACACGCACCACCCGGUCGACAUAUCGGCCUACUACGACGACCAGAAGGCCGAGGCGCUGCGCCGCGCGCGCGCGUACGUGGGCGGGCGCCUGCCAAAGUUCCUCGCGCACUUUGAGAGCGUGCUGGCGGCGCCAACCAGCGGCGCCGGGCCGUGGCUGUACGGCGGGCGGCUGACGUACGCGGACCUGACGCUGUACCACGGCCUCGACGGCGUGCACUUUGCGUUCCCCAAGGCGGUGGCCAAGGCGAGGGAGUCAGGCAAGUAUGGCAGGGUGUUUGCGCUGUACGAUGCUGUGAGGGAGAGGCCCAAUAUCAAGGCCUACCUGGCGAGCGAGCGUCGGCAAAAGUACUCGGAUGGCAUCUUCCGGUACUACCCCGAGCUGGACAUUGUUUGAGGUUUGGGCGGGUUUGGACGCCUGGGAAGUGGCAAGGAGGGAGAAGGUUACAGUCAUUUGAAUGGGGAAGGGGAAAUUUUUCUAAGCUGUGUUUGUGAUUAUUAAAUGGAAGGUGGUAGGAUACAACCAAAAGACAAGGAGGAACGAACUCCUUUCUAA